AUGGGGCCGGCAGCAGCGGAGGCGAUUGAUGGUAGCAGUGCUGGGUUUCAAAGCUGCGUGGGUGCCAGCUGGGAGCCGUUCGGCGCUCACGAGGAACUCAGAGAGGCGCGGCGGGAGGCGGAGGCCCGCGCGCCAGCCUCCAAGCGGCAGCGCCUAGACGCCGACGGCGGGCCGGAGCCGCCCUCGCCGCGGCUGCAGGGCGAGGUGGCGGCCUGGGUGGAGGCGCUGGAUGAGGCCAGCCGCGUGGACCUGUUUGAGAAGGCGCUGUUCAGCCUGCUCAAGGAAGUGAUCCGCGGGCGGCCCGCGCUGCGGGACGAGCUGCUGACGGCCUACGUGACGCGCCACCCAGCCUCCGAUGAGCGCGACCCCGCUGCCUACUCCUUCACCGACGACUUCCUCCUGGAGGCUGUGGACGACUUUGAGUCGCGGGAGGAGAUGUGGGAGGUGCUGGGCAAAGGCAACGGCGGCGCGGUGGCGGGCGUCGUCACCGUGGCGGCCCGCCUCGACCGCCGCUACUGCGGCCAGCUGCAGGCGCUGGCGCUGCUGAGCCGCGCGCGGCGCCUGCUGGCGGCGGCCGACGCCGGCGCAGAGAGCGCUGCAGGUGCCGGCGAGGAGCAGGGCGGGGCCGCGGAGGCGGGGCAGCGCCUGGUGGAGCUGCUGAGGCGGGAGGAGGGGCUGGCGGCGGCGCGGGACAUGGAUGGGCGCAGCCUGUGGCACAACCUGGUCGCCGGGGGGCACCUGCAGCUGCUGCGCCAGCUGCUGCCGGUGGCGGCGACCGCCGGCUUCACCGGGGCCGCGCCUGCGGCAGCAGCAGCUGGUGGCGGGGAUGGCGGCCCAGGCGAGCUGCAGGAGGGGCAUGGGGGCCUGCAGCCGGCGCAGCAGCUGGGGGAGGCUGAUGGGCAGGAGCAGCAGCAGAAUGGGGGCACGAGCGGGCAGCAGCAGGCGGCGGGGAAGCCCCACUGCCUUGACCUUCCUGACGCCGCCGGCAACACCCCGCUGCACCUGGCCGCCGACACGGCGCAGCUGGAGGCGGCGCAGCUGCUGCUGGACUAUGGCGCCAGCCCAGACGUGCAGAACAGGCGGGUGUGGAGGGGCGGGAGCGGCGGCGGCGGCGGCAGCAGCAGCGCCUGCACGGACACGAGCCGGUAUGCCGCGGGGGGGUGGAGCGUGCGCGCCAGGGGCCUGGACUGCGCGGUGCCGGUGCCCUCCCUGCACCAGGCCCCGCUGCACGUGGCGGCGGAGGGCGGCGACCUGGGCAUGCUGCGCCUGCUGGCGGGGCGCGGCGCGCUGCUGGACCUGCGGGACACGAGCGGCUCCACGCCGCUGCACCUGGCCCUGGAGGCGCAGGACGAGCGUGCCGUGGAGCUGCUGCUGGGCGCGGGCGCCGACCCCACGCUGGGCAACCAGGCCAUGGGGGAGGGUGGCACGCCGCUGCACGUGGCAGCCGCCGCCGGCAGGGCCGGCAUCCUGCGCCUGCUGCUGGGCACGGGCAGGUUUGGGGGCGGCAGGGUCGACCAGGCGUGCGAGCAGGGGUGGGCGCCGCUGCAGCUGGCGGCGCGGCGAGGCAGCGCGGAGUGCGUGCAGCUGCUGCUGGAGCACGGAGCCGACAAGGGCGCGAUGAACGAGCAGGGCAAGACGGCACUGGAUAUUGCCAGGGUCAACAAGCGCGAGGCGGUGGCGGUGCUGCUGGCGGCUGGCGCAGAGGGGCAGCCAGCCGCGUGA